AGACGCGCGAUGUGUAUACAGCUUUAUUCUUUAGCGCGCAUGGGACCCCGAGAAACGCGUCUGCAAGAUGUCUCGCUCCCAAAGAGGUCUCGCUGCUCGCGCGCAGCGGGCUGCGGCCCUUCCUUUCAUUGAGAGUCAGUCAGUCAGUCCGCCGGAGCGACGCGGCUCGUGCGUAUCGUUGUCGCGAAGCCUCGUGUGUCCCCGUACGGUGCGUCCUCCUCGUUUUUGCCGCGUGCGUUGAAAUCACCGACCUCCUCCGCGCCGAACAAAAAAACGCGAGAGCUACUGCGAGAAGAAAUCCCCGAGAUUUCGAAUCGCCUCCGAUCGCAAGGAUCACAUUCUGCGCAUACGCACGUACGUAUAAACGCGCACACACAUAUACACGCACACAGUACAAACACACGUACGUUCGCCAUACAGCGCGUACGCAAAUCGGAGGGACCGGAUCAUCGUCUUCGUCGUACGUUACGCGCGGCCGCCAGAAAGAAGGACUCCUUCCUCGCGGAGCGUGCAAUACCUGGUGGCAGCGGCCUCGGCGGGGACGACGAUGGCACUGAGCGGUGACACGUCGCGGCCGAUUGUGCGCUCGGCCGCGGUCAUCCUGACCGCGGCGGCGGCGUUGGUCCUGUUCAUGGACUGUCCGGCGGUCGCCCGGCACCAGCACCGUUCCGGCAAUGGUGCUCAGAAGCUGUCCGGAGACAUCUCCCUCUGGAUCGACCAGCAGCAAAUCAAGAUGUUCAGCGGGUUGGCGAUGGAAAUAUAUGCUAUUGCCGAGGGCAGAGUGUUGUCUUACCUCUUGGACCCGGAAUUCGAGAACAAAGUGCCGAUCAUCCCGAGCGAGGUCUCGUACGUGAAUUUUACGUGGAAGUCCGGGAUAAAGAAGUAUCAUUACAACUUCUAUCGACUGAAAUCAUUCGACGAGACCAUUCUGAAGACCCCAUCCAUCACGAUCAAGACGCAAGGACGGGUGCCUAAGAGACCGAAGGAGUUCAGCGUUCUGCUGCCUUGCACCGGUAACAGUUCCGGCAUAGCGCAAUUCGGGAUUGGCCUGAUGAUCGAGACACGCAAAGGAAAACCUUUAAACGGGACGCCGCUGCUUCUCAGCCUCCGGAAAGAAUGCACCGUGCGUGAGGCUAAUUCUGGUCUGUGCCCGGAUGGCUAUCUAGGCCCGCCUGAUUGCAAGAAAGCCCUCUGUUAUCCGAACUGUAUGAACGGCGGCAACUGCACGGCGCCAGGGAUAUGCUCGUGUCCGCCAGGAUAUCAAGGGCCCUAUUGCGAAGGAGGUAUCUGUGAUGAGAAGUGCUUGAACGGGGGGAAGUGUGUACAGAAGGAUAUCUGCGACUGUCCCAAAGGUUACUUCGGCACACACUGCGAAUUUUCCAAGUGCUUCGUACCUUGCGUAAAUGGUGGCAAGUGCAAGGGAAACAACAUAUGCAGAUGCCCAGUGGGAUACAGAGGGGAUCACUGCGAGAUCGGUAGACGAUCGUCGGAACGAUCUACGUGCACAACAGCGUGCAAAAAUGGAACUUGUCAAGCGGACAACACAUGCCUCUGCAACAAGGGCUGGUUUGGCAAGUUGUGCAACAAAAGGAAGCCAUGGGCUUAGGAAUCAAUGGCAUAUCCUCAACAUCAAUUUCUUCACGCUCCAAUUCAAAAGGCAAUUUAAGACGAUGUCACAUGUAAACUGCCAGAAGAAAACGCAAUAGAAGAUCACAUCUAUAACGUGUGUAUAAUAGGCUGUAUUUAAAGCGAUGAGAACAAAGGUCUAUAUUAAUAGUCAGUAGAGAAUCUCUCGUGGUAUUAGAAUGAUGCAGAGCUUACCGUAGGAUCUUGUUUUAUUUAAUAUUGAUGACGAACGAGACAAACAAGCAAACAGAACAUACCAUCAAAACAUGUCUCCUACCUGGAUUCAAUCGGUCACUGUGAAGUGUGGCCAGUUCUAUUUACUACUAUUUAUAGUCUCUAAUUUACUCCAUUUCAGAUGUGAUAUGUAAAGCUGUUUUACGCCAAUUUAUAACAUUUUAUAUAAAUACAUAUAUAUAAACACACACACACACACACUUAGUUAAUAAUAUACUUUUGUACUGUAGAGUGACAAUUGUAAGAAAGGAAAAAAAGAAGAAAAAUAUAUGAGCAAAAUGUAUUUUCUAACGGUCAGAGAGCAUAUGUCUGUGACGAAUGCAUAAAUUCCGGAGAAGCUCCACUUCUUUCCUCCACACAGCAUCUUAAAGAGCGGAUAAGAAGCGGCGUGCCUUCUAAGUCCAUGGGAAACAUGAGCCACCGCACAUCUGUUGCCGGUAGGAACUAUUUAUCUCGAAAGUGACGCUACAGUACGGUUUCGGAAAAUGAUUGGAAGUAUCACAACCCAAACCAGAAACGU